UUGGCUCCAUCCACAGCUGUUUUGCGGAUGUGGCCUUUCUCUCCUUUGUUUGUCAAUCAUGUUUAACUGCUGUCAGGCCAAUGCUGACAAUCAGGCCGAAGUCGUAGACGCCACGCCUCCCAAAAAGGAGCAGGCUGUUGGACAAGAGUCUAGACCUUUGCACACGUAUCCCAAUGGCUCCACCUACACGGGAGAGUGGCUCGGUCCUCAUAGACACGGGCACGGCUUGCAGGUAUGGCCAGAUGGUGCUCGCUAUGAAGGUCAGUGGGAGAACGACAAGGCACACGGCUUUGGACGCUUCGAGCACACCGAUGGGGACAUCUAUGAGGGAAACUGGCUGGUGGACAAAGCUCACGGCCGAGGCACCUACACCCAUGCGAGUGGAUCGAAGUUCAGCGGUGAAUGGCAGGAUGACAAGCAGCACGGUUAUGGCGAAGAAACGUGGCCUGAUGGAGCGCGCUAUGUUGGAGAAUACGAGAACGGCUUGAAGUCAGGUCGAGGGGACUUCACUUGGGCUGAUGGGUCGAGUUAUUCAGGACAGUUCUUCGAGAAUGACAUCCAUGGGGAAGGAAAAUACAGUUGGGAGGAUGGCCGUGUCUACGAAGGUCAGUGGGACAGGAAUCGAAUGCACGGCAAGGGCAAAUUCAGAUGGGCAGAUGGCCGCGUCUAUGAAGGUGGCUACGUGAACGAUUCGAAGGAAGGCUAUGGGACCUUUAGUUGGCCUGAUGGGCGAUCUUAUCAAGGCCAAUGGGCUGAAGGGAAGCAGCAUGGGGAAGGCGUCUUCACCAACCAGCGAGGAGAGAGGAAAGUCGGGGAAUGGGUCCAUGGCAAGCGCCAAUCGUAGCGCCGCUUCUAGCGGUCCAUUUCCCCACAUACAUCGUCGUAGACCAUCAUCCAAGCAAAAGAUGACAGCUUCUGUCCAGCAAUCACGGUGUAAGUCAAGUGAAGCUUGCCAGAGGGUCAAAAUGCCCUGGAGGUCGGUUUUCUCUGUCAGAGACUCUCUUGUGCGGAAACCUGCACAAGAGCCUCUUCCGACUCCGCUCCUUGUUUGAUCUGAAAGACAGGGCUCUCCGAAGAUCAGGACAUGGACCG